UUAUUUACAGGAACUCGGAAGAUAAUGGCUCUGCUGCCAGAGACCUCACCAUGGAACUUAUAAACAGUAAGCUAUAAAUCAUCUAGCAUUUUGCUAGGGUUUCCGUUUGUCUAGGCUAACCGGGUGUUAACCCGGAAAGCCUAGGCAUUGGAGGCUAGAUUCGGCUUGUCAAUUCGAACGGGAUCUUCACUGGCCAAUGGCACAAUCGCCUUGCGUUCGGCCAGGGCACGGUGCAGCAUCACCAACCAGCUUCGACCACCAUCGAGAGAAGGAGGAACCAGAGACCUCUCUGAAACCACUGGGAGAGCAGAAGCAGCCAAAGGAGCACCUAGAAAAGGGACAACCUCGAGACAAUCCGUCAGCACCGAAGCAGCAACAAUUACCAAAAGACACUUCAUCACCUCCAAGACAAGAACCCAACCCUGAUAAACCGGAAACAGGGAAUGAUCGACAGCCUACGUACCGCCAAGUAACCUUACCGGCUUCAGCAACCUCUGCAGAAGCAGCAGCAGCGACACCAGCGGCAGCCCCUGUAUCAGUUUCCGUAUCAAGCAAGCAUUCUCUUCGUAGUCCAGUAUUUGCUGAUCUUCCUGUAUCAUCGGCGUCAUCGUCCAAGAUCAACGAAACAUCACACCCCAAACUUGGGGGAUCGAAAUUACGAGGAAUCAAUGUUGGUACCAGUAGCGGUAUUCAUAACUCUACCAUAACAAUCACAACUAAAGGGAAGCCAACAUAUGACAGAAUGGAAGCUUUAGGAGGAUCGGGGUAUCCGUACGGCGCCUCCUUCAUGGUUCCCGCCAACGCAGCGGCCUACAAACCCGGUGGAAAUAUGCCCCCUCCGCAGUUACAUCUCCGUGGACCCUGGCCCCCGCCACAUAUCGAAGGCUAUGCGAGCCUGCCUGUCGGAGCCUCUUCUCUCUACCCACCGUACCUGUCGUUGAGUGGUUUGUCGCCAUCGGCUGCUCCUCUUGGCGGGGUUUCGUUUCUGCCACAGUCCUCAAUGCACAGCUCAGAUGGUCAACCUGUACCAGCCACUAUUCAUCCGCCGCAAACGGACAGCAAGGGCAUGGUCUCCCACCACCACCUCUCAGCGAUGAAGGAGAAAGACGGGCUGCUGGAUAGUCCGAAACAUCACACCGUCACCGUGGGCAAGCAGCGGCAUACCACACUGCUCCCUCCCAAAAUGGAAAGUGAUGUCAGCGCGGCGAUGAGGCCGGGAAAACAUGAUAAAUCGGUUUCCAGGGAAGGACAUGGCAAUGACUCGCAAUCCCGACAAAAUCAGCAUCAAACGAGCGGAAAGAGGCACGUCAAAGAGGAGGCGCAUCCGCCGCACGUGGAGAGCGGUGCCUCAAAAAAUCCAUCCAGCGCGGGAUGGGAAGGCGGUGUUGAGAGCAGGACGCAGAAAAGGGCGGGGCAGGGUGGUCCGGAUAGUGGGAAGGGGAAUUCCCCGCCGUCAUCGUCCUCGCAGAGCAAGGAGAAACGCGAGAGCAGUGGAACCGUCGAUGGGCAUGAGAGGAAAAAGAAGAGCUCAAAGAAGAGGGUUGAGCAUGCCGAUGAGAAUGGCAAUUCCUUAAAAACGAACGAUGCUAAAGCAGUUGCUACAGGAAAGACAUUGUCAGAGAGGUUAGGAAGUCCAUCAGAGGUUGGAAAGGGGUCUGCCCCAGGAAUUGGGUUAAUGAACAGCAUGGGGACUGUAUUAUCUGUAGGUGUGGAACCAUACGCCAUCCCAGGAAAUAUUCACCACACAGCAUCACUAUUAAAGACAGUAUCACCACCGUUGACAGUCCCUGGUAGCCUUACAGAAGGGUCUAAGCAACUGCAGAAAGCAUCUCCUGGACUUAGCCCUGCACUCAGUCCAGGAGAAACGUCGUCGCUAACUCAUAUGAAAAGACACUCGCCAAAGGAUAUUUCAAAAAAGACUUCAGAUAUUGGAGGGUCAAAGCAAGGGAAAGAAGGGAAGAAAGACAUACUAUCAACCGGAGAGAAACUCGUGAGCCCAACUUCAGGUGCACCACCUUCUAAGGUCAGCCCACAAGUCUCGGCGUCAUCGGUUAGUGAACCAUCCCCUACUCAACCCACUAUAUCACCAUCCAACACCAAUGCUCCUGUUCACUUGGGGUAUAUGCCAAUGUAUUUGCCAAACACAUGUCAGCUGAGUCUAGAUAAAGAAACGAACAAAGAUGCACCGAAGAGUGGAACAAAAGUGCAUGCCACCACGUUUGUACCGGCCCCGGGGGAAUUCAUACCCGGUCCGGCCACCAACGCAACCGCUGGAGUAUCAUCAGGGAAAGACGCAAAGUGUAAAACAUCACCGUCGCUGCCUGUGAAUUCAAAUGGGAAAUCCCCAACUUCCCAUCUAGGCAAGAGUAAGAGCAGCGACGCCAAUGGGAAAAAGGAAUCACCGAAGACUUUGGGUGCGCCGAAGAAUAUAGCCCAGAGCACGGGGGAGAAAUGCGAUGGAAGUAGUCGACUAGACGAUAAGAAAACAUCCAGUAAGUCACCUUGUGGUGAUUUUACGGACAGCGGGAAAGGAACUUCUGUAGGUUCUGAUUCAAAGGAUGAAAUGCAUUCCAAACACGAUGAUGAAAGAAGAGAUUCGCAUGGAAAAAAAAGACACCUUAGUGGCAACUCAAGCGGUUCGAAAUAUGAUUCUAGAAGUGAAAGUAAACCAGACAGGACUAGUGGUAGUCACAGCAGUGGGAAACACAGCAGUCGUGCAAGGAGUAUAUCUGGACCUGACACUGGGGUUGCGGGUUUAUCUUCACCUCGUGAAUACAGCUCAAGGCAUAAUGACAGACACGCAACGGACAAAUCCCUUGAAGAACACCGCCGAAGUAUGGACCUGGUGACUGGGAGGGUCGGUCAUCCCAGUCUCUAUUACGACAUGACUAUGGCCAGUGACAGGUCAAGGACAGAUACAACCCUCCCGUUGCCCACUUACCAUGGCGAGUGUUUCACGCCAUCCUCUGCAGCUCACGAAGCAGCGCUAGCAAGGCAUGAAAGCAUGCUUCGGACAGCUCUCAUGGGAAGUGCUCACCGCGUACCAACUGGGUCUCCCCUGGUGUCCUCGCCGAGUUCGCAACCGUUCGUUUCCAGUCAUGCCACUUCAGUCUCGAUCUCGCACACACCUUCGAGUAGCAAAAAGACAGUAGGAUCUAGCAGCGAAGGGACUGGUCUUCAAGGACGUGGGACACCGGGGAUCAAGGUUUCGGAUGGGAGGUGUCCACCGAUCGGAAUUGCUGUGGCGCAGCAGAGACAAGAUGGUGAUAACACAGGAACACAAGGAAGGCAUCCGCCUCGUUCGAAUUCUAGAAGUGCUAGUUCUAGCCCUCAUAUCAGCCGUGUCUUGCCUUGUUCAUCGUCGUUAAGUGACAAACGAGAGCCCGAUGAUGAACGGCUCGGGAGGAAUCGGGACGCAGGAAGCGGGGGACAUAGCAGACUGAACGACCGGGAACAAAGAAUGGCCAGAGAUCAGUCACCAAGGGAAUCCCGCUCGAACAGUGAAGUACCUUUUCAUGUCGGCCCACAUCGGAGAUACCAGCAUGACCUAAGUGCCAAUCUGGUUGUUACAGGUGGCGGAACUAUUGGUCGGCCCGAUACCACCAUCCACCCUCAUCUGCCAGCCACGCCCCACCACUGGUUACCCCGUCCUCCAAGCCACGCAAGUGGGACGCCCUCACCCCUCUGGCCGUAUGGGAUACCUUCGUCGUCGUCACCGAUGAGCUCCAGCACCCUAGAAGCGUCUCCACGCGGAUCUCCCUUUCCUGUCGGACCGGGCGGAAUGCACUGGGCACAAGAUCCAACGACGGGUCAACUUAUGUUGGUUCCGCCACACCCGGUUCACCCGGACAGUCCUCUAUCAAACCUUGUCUGGCCACGAUAUUUAGUCCCUCCUCACCUUCAGCCUCACAGUCACCAACUCCAGCAGCUGAUGUUAAACCAGUUCCCUUACGGUCCGAUUCCGGGUCCGGCUCAUCCCUCCCAACAUCCGGGUCUUCUCCAGCACAUACCGGGGGCGGGAAGCAGUCCAGAAGUUCAGGCCUUCCUCCAGCAACAGCAUGAGGCCAUUGCAAACAUGUACCGUCAGGCUGAGCAGCAAGAUCGGAAUAGGAAAGAACAACCCAAGCCUCCGAGUAACGACCCAAGCAGUUUGAAACUCUCUUCCGAUUCGCUAAAAUGUGGGAGUGGUCAUCACAGGAACCGACGAGAAUCGGGUGAUGUGAAAGGAGAGGUUCGACCGGAGAGCCGGCAGUCGGAGAGGUGUAGAACGGGAUCGCAAGAACCUCUGGACAUCAAACAUUCCAUCCACCAUCCGCCAUCACCGUUCUUACAAGCAAUUCCUGUCGCGGCAUCGCAACACCCAUCUCUUCCUUUCAUGUACCCUCCCUCAGUACCCUAUCUUUAUGAGAAUCCCCCGCCCGUUUCAGGACCACAAACGCCAUGCUCACGGGCAAAUCAAGACGCAAAGGACAAGAAAGAAUUUUUACCUGAUAGGUCUCACGCGAUCCAAACACAAAUCCCGCCUUUGCGGCCAAACAAGGACAAGAAAGAAGGUGUUUUAAAAAGUACUAGCGUGCAAACGUCUCCCGCCGAAACGCCGCCGGCACCAGCGGCAAAAAUUGAAGUGGAUCGGGAGGAAGAAAAUGACGCCGAUGUUAAUAGCCCAAGUGCCAAAGUCUCACGUACGCAACAAACUGAGAUGAACCAAAAUAAACUUUUAAUAGAACCCAAUAUUGAUGUGGUAACAGUGGAUUCACCCGAGGUUUCUAGGACUCCGUCAACCCCUUUGUUUUCAGAAAUCACUAUUGCUCAAACAAAAACGGAAGACGACAUUGAGCACAAAGAAGAGAGUUCGCAUGAACAUUUUAAGCAAACAAGUAUUCAAAGUGACAUAAAUAGUACUGAUGUAAUGAGCGUGAAAGAAGAAGAGAUCAAAGACAGUAAUCUGCAAACUGAGAAUGAGGAGAUUGUUCUCCAAACCUUGAACGAAUUGCAGAAUGAGGAAACACCGCAAUGUGAAGGAGUCCGGGAGGAUACCAACAAUCUACCUUCAGACACUGGGGCAACUCCCAGCAUCGCGACCCCACCAAUGGUGGUGGUAACGGAAAGUAAAAGUGCUGUUACAUCGGCGUUAACCGAAAGCACAAGCAUGUCUGUUCCAACGACCAGUCGGGAAACUCUAAUCACUAACGUCCUGACAACAAUGCAGACUUUUGCUACUAGUGUGGAUGGACUGGAUCAGGAUCAAAUCGCUGCCAUUGAAGGCAUCGCACUUCUCAGUGAAGUUGCAGAGCGAAAGGCAUUGGCAUCUAGAGCAGAAUUUUGGAACUGCGUCGCUGAGCAACAUCGGACAGAAAAUUCUGAUGAGCUGGAUGAAACCGAAUCAACGACGACAGAAUCCAAUGUUCCCCUCCAAGGCAAUUCUGUCAGCGCCAUGACCUCGAACGGAGGCUGCGACCUGGAUAAUGACGACCUAACUGGGAUUUCCCCCGGUGAACUCAGUCUCAAGAUACGAUGCCCAAUCACUAUCAAGAAAGAGGCAAAUGGACGGAGUGAAGUAUCGGCAUGUGGAACCCCUCUGGGAUCAGCAGAGAAUAUGAACCCAAUGGAACUAGAGAUGAGGAUGAAACUAGCAGAACUUCAGAGGAAAUACAAGGAGAAGAAGAAGGAACUAGACAAACUACAAAAGAAAAAGGACAAGAGAGCACGAGAGGACUCUAAGAAUAGUAGUAGCCCUACAUCUACAGAGAAGAGACGAGGAAGGGGAAGGCCGAGGAAAAGAAAGUUCAGCAGCAAAUCCAGCUCAGAGACACAAGAAGAAGCUAUGAAAGAAGCUCCAAAAGUGGUUCCGAAAGAAAGUCCUAAGGAAAAGGAAGUGAAGAGUCUGCAUUCGUCCGCCAAAGUUCUCUUGGAAGCUGCUGCAUCGUUGGAAGAACCCGUGGUGGUGCCCAAGAAGAAAAAGAAGAAAGAACACAAGACCAAGAAAGAAUCCAAGGAAUAUAAAGAAUCCAAGGAACCUAAAGAAUCCAAGGAACAAGUGAAAGAAGCAAAGGGAGCGAAGGAGCCAAAAGACAAGACCACCAAACUGGUUAAGAAGACCAAGAAGUUAAAGAGCAAGACUGGUUCCGGUGGCUCUCUUCUCGUCCCAGGCUCCGGUGACUCAAAACCCCUCAUCAAGAAGAAGAAGGACAAGUCUGGCUCAAAAACUCUUUCUCUAAAGUCAAGCUCAGAAGGACAAUUUACUGCUUUGAAGGUCAAAAGUUCUAAGAGUGGUAAGAAGCGUACCGGCUCACCCGUCAGAUCCGACGUCCCCUCCAAGAAGCAGCACAUCUCAAAGUCGGCCUCAAAGAAACUCCAUUUUUCAAAUCUUGCCAGUCACGACCCAUUCACAUCAGACACAGACUCCGGUAGUGUCAUUUGGCCCAGUAAGGCCACGCCCACCAAGACCACACCCACUUCUCCAUCCUCGGCUUCUGUCAAGCCGCUCAAAUCACCCAAGAUCAAGACCAAGACCAAGAAGCUGAAGAACAAAGAAGGAAAGAUGGGCCUACAUUCUGGGAAGAAGAAGAAGAGCAAGUCCAAGGUUGCGCUCGCGGGGGCAACGUCUCCCGCUGCCAGCACAAACGUAGCAGCACCACUACCAUCUUCAAAGCUUGAUGCCUUCGUUGCAGAUAACAAAUUGAAACCAGGCUUGUUGAUCUCACAUGUCUAUGGAGAGGACAGUGACUCAACCCUGGAGGAUGGUAGCACGGCAACGACCACCACAUCCUCCCAACCCAGCGGAACCAGCUGGAGCAAUCACAAAGGCCUUGCUCUCCUUGCCGAACUCUCCUCCAACCAGUCCUCCUCGUGCUGUGCCACGCCCACCAAAGUCAAGAAGAAGAAGAUCAAGGACAAGUCCAAGACUCUGACGUUGUCAUCGCUUCACGGUGCCACCAAGAAGGUCAAAGGAGUGGUUCGGUUGAAGGGAUCCGGAGCAGUCAAGGUUGGGGGAAAGAAGAUCAAGGUCAUGAAGAAGAAACUGAUUUCAGCAAACGGCGAGAAGAGGACUGUUAAGAAAAUUAAGAAAGUGAAUAAGGCAGAGAAAUCCUUCAAGUCAUCAAGUACGUCUUCCAAGGGUGAGAAGCCAAAGAAGGUCAAACAGAUCACCAACAAAAACGCCAACAAGAAUGAGAACAAGACGAAUCAAAGGCAAUCACCAAAUCAUCCUUCUGCAUCUUCAGCACCUGCCCCGCAGUUUGAUGAGAGGAGCUGGUGUCGCCGCAGGAGUGAAAGGAUCUUCUUGAGCGACAUAAGUCCAGUACAGUCUCGGGAUAUCAGCCCACAGCGGAAAAUGGAAUUGGUGGAGCCAGCCAAGAGGAAGAUUCUGCAAUCUCCGGGGAUGAAGAAGGAUCCUUCUGGUCCUGGACAAAAUGCAGCAAGUGCAGCAGGGUCCAACCAGGCUGGGAUGGUGAACCAGAUUGGAAGUGUUCUCGAUGCCCUCAAGACUGAUCCUCUACAGAUGAGGAAGAAACUGAUUCGACUUAGUGCCCAAGAGGAUGAAGAGGGUGACGAUGGUCAACCACAAGAUGAAACAAGGCGGAAGAAACUGAAGAAGAAAGCCAAGAAGAAGGACAAGACACCAACUCAAGACAAGUUAAAUCCUUUGGAAAUGGCUCUGAGGGCCUUAGAACAGGAAUCUACAGACAGUAGUGACAGUGAUGGAGAAAAUGUUCCACUUAGCUCCUUGGUGGAAAGGCCGUCGACCCCUGCCCCACGUAAUUGUGUGCUUUCUGUUGAUGAACUCAAGGAUGGCCUUCGGGUUCUUAUACCCAUCGAUGGUCUCUUCCAUGCAGGAAAUGUACGAGCCAUCCAGCCACCCGAUGUUUAUGGUGUUGUGAUUGAAGGUGGGCGGGGCAGUCGACCGCAUGUCUUUUCUCAAGAGCAGAUCCUGCAGGAAGCUAUCGCUGACGUCAAGCCAUCUUCCACCAGGUACCUUCCAGAGGGAACCCGCAUCUGUGCCUACUGGAGCCAACAGUACAAAUACCUCUACCCGGGCACGGUGGUCAAGGGCUCCCCAAAUCCCACCCUCGAUGCCAACUUCACCACCGUGGAGUUCGACGACGGGGACUCGGGACGAAUCCCUCUGGAUCAUAUCCGAAUGCUUCCACAAGACUUUCCAUUGGUGGACUUUGAGCCAUCGCCUAUAAUGGUGCAACGGAAACGGAGGAGAAGACCUUCUGAGACUAGUUCGACCACAGAAUGGAAGAUGGAACUUGUCAAGGCAGAUGAUCUGGAUGAUAGAUUGGAUGGUAAGAGACGAGAAUAUUCCUGGAGGUCCCAAAGCAGUAAGGAUGACAUCAAUCCCGUCUCUGAGGGGGACAAUGAUGUCUUCCUCCCAUCUGCACCCAAGCUCAAGAAAACAGGGGAUCAGAAAUCAAAGAAAGUACUCACCAAGAAAAACAAGUCCAAGCUCAAACUCAAGACCAAAGCGAAGGGUCUCUCCAUCCCCAAGGGAUCCAAGCUUCAGCAGUCUGGUGGCUCCUCCCUCAAGCAGAAGAUGGGAAAGCUCACCAAGCUGAAGAAGCGGAAGGGGAUGGUGUCAUCAACGUCCAAGUUUGGUCAGAAGAUGUUGCAGAAGGGCCAGGGGAAGUCGUUUGCCGUGAAAGCCAAGAAAUCCAAGCUCUCGCCAUCCGGGCUGUCGGCUGAUAGGAAAAUGGUUGGCACCAAGAAGAAGGGGCCAAAGAAGAAGCUGGGAGGUAAAGCCAAGUGCACAGUCGAGAUCGAAACGGUUUAUUCUUCAGAGGUUUAUCCUGAGGAGCCGGACUAUCCAGACAGUCUGGGUGGAACACUUGGAAGCUUUGACUCUGAUGACUCGAGUGAUGAUGAGAGUGAUCACUAUACAAAGAGUGCCGACACCUUGAGGAAGAAGAAGAAACUCAAGAAAAAGAAGAAAGGUUCUUUGUCAACAUCAUGCAAUGUACAAGCUGCGUUUUCUCCACCACUUCAAUUCUGGCGUUGGUUAGGCAAGGCAACACAGAGGAGAGGUAGCAAGGGUAAAGCACGUAAACUCUUCUACAAGUCUAUCGUCAGGGAUAAGGAAAUCAUACGGGUUGGCGAGUGUGCCAUUUUCCUAUCUACAGGGCGCCCCCACCUGCCCUACAUCGGUCGCAUUGAGAGUAUGUGGGAGUCUUGGGGUGGCAUGAUGGUGGUCCGUGUCAAAUGGUUUUAUCAUCCGGAGGAGACCAAAGGGGGACGGAAACCAAAUGACGGCAAGAUGGCGCUCUACCUGUCCCAACACGUCGAUGAAAACGAUGUCCAGACCAUCUCUCACAAGUGCGAGGUACUGUCGAUCGACGAUUACAAGCAGUACGUAUCUGGCAAGAAGAACCUCAACACAAUAGUCCGUGCCAGUGAUAUCUACUACCUAGCCGGCACCUACGACCCGGGGAGUGGCCAUACCGUAUCAGCCAAUUGAUCCAGGAGCACUUCAUUAAACAAGGCAGUAGAUUCUGCCUAAGUCCACUUUCUAGGAGUCAAUCAAUUACCUAACUCCAAGCAUUAUGUCUGACCAGAAUAUGCACAACUUGUGUUGAUAAAAUCAUCUGAGUCAAAUUUUGGCCAAGCCAAACAAUUUCCAGGGGCCCGUCUUACAUAGAGUUACGAUUGAUCCAAUCAAUCAUAACUCUAUGGAAAUCCAUCAGUGUCAUAAUUUUUUUCUACCGGAAAUGUGCAAAAUGUCCUUUGUAAACAAAGGCGAACACACCAAACUGUCAAGAAAUCAAUGAACUUAUGGAUAUACAUUCAUAUCUAGAACAAAUUUUGAGCCAAGAUGCAUUGUAUAUGUUGACUUUGCUGGCUUUCCAUAGUUGCGAUUGAUCGGAUCAAUCACAACUCUUCGUAAGACGGGCCCCAGGUCUCAAGAGAUUCGACACAAGCAGAGUCAGCUGUAUUCUGUGAUUUUCACUGAUAGCUGUUAUAAGCUACUGAAAUCCUUGCAUCUGAUUGGCUCAGAACAGAUAGUCAAUUGCAAGUUAUCUGGAGAUGGUAAAUAGAGGGCCCAGUCAAUUUUGGGCAUUGAGACUUGAUUUGUAUGGGAGAAAAUGAUACAAAAUGAAUCAAUGAAUAGAACGGGAGCUCAGCAAUACAUGAAUCGCAGGUAGAUGGCAGAUUGCCCAGUUAAUUCCUAUAGAGCUGCCCUAGAAAUUUUUGAUAUGACAAUCCCAGUCUGCUGGUGUCUUUAUCAAGCCACUCGAUUCGACCAAAAUCUAUUUUGACAGUAUUUACUCCAAGGAAAGUACUAGUAUUUGUUGGAAUUUUAAUUGCGAUGGCCAUGAAAUUUAUGUAGGAAUAUAUUCUUCAAAACAUGGUAGUGCGAGCAUUGAAUGUUAUUGACAAAUGAAUAUUUCUCAUUAAUGUGAAUUGAGUCAAUUACCAAGCACGUUGCUUAGGAUUGAAUAAUGUCUUAGAUCUGAGAAUGUUUGAUGCUUUUGAUACAAAAAUUCAAUUACCUGUGUACAAAUUAUGAAUUCUUGUAACGUUAUGCAUUGGUUGAUUUGUAUUAUUGCAAUUAUGUGAAGUCAAAUUUUGAAUUCCAAAGCACGUAUCCACCAGAUGAAAAUUAUGGUAGUGCAAUGGAUAAUUUAUUACGUUAUGAUUUUAUAUCACAGUACUGUGAAUCGGAUAGCUUUUUUUUUUUCUUUGCCGAGAUGAUGUAUAAAAUUUUUGCCUCACUGGAAUUUGAAAUGAAGACUCUUUCUAUGGGAGAUUAUGUGAUAUUUUAUGAAGCUUACUUUCUCUCUUUGGCAAUCUCAACAGGUUUACAACAAAAUGAUAUUGUGAUUAUUUGUAUAUGUACAUAUUUAGGUUUUGCAAGAGAACGCCCUUGUUCUCUGCGCCAAAGAAUUAGGAGAGUCGUAUGUACAAAUGUAAAGGAUUUGUCAUUUGUACAUAAUUCAUGUUUUAUGGACAUGAAGAGUAUUUUGUAGAAAAUGUGCAAUAUUAGCACAGGCAGAAGUGGUUGACCUAUUUUUACUAUUAGAACCCAAGUAAGUAUUUGGGAAAGCUUACGAUAAUGUUCCUAUUUGUUUCUGCCUUAUGAUGUUUUGUCAAUGUGUAUAAGCAUUUUGGUAUUCCAUGAUAUGUACUUCAUUUGGGUUAGGUUCAUGAUAUAUUUCUGUUAUUUAUUCAUUUCUAAUUAUUUAUAUAUACUUUUGGUUAUUUUAAAUGUUUUUAAUGAUCAUGAUUUUAAUGGAAAUCCAACAGUAAUACUUUAAAUGAUAUAUUAAUGAAGAGCGUUGUCAAUGAUGGCAAAUCAAUUAUUCGUAAAUAUAAAGCAAAUUUGCUGGAUUUGAGUUUGUUAGCCCGCAAUUUGAUAAGGUGAAUAUGUUUUCUUAUCAAAUUUCGUAACAAAGAAUCAUGUAUUUGAGAAAGUAAAGACAUAAUCGAUGUUAGUUUUUAUCAGUAAAAAUACAGUCCCUUACAUAGUAAGAGAAGCCUAAUAAGCCAAAUAUUUUGGGGUACAACACGGUAUGUAGGGCAAAUCGUUUGGGAAAGGGGUUAGAUAAUUAAAUACAGCAUACCUGUCAAAAGUAAAAUUUCAUCAGAUUUUUUAUUUGUUUUUUUUUCAUUCAAAAUAUCAAAAUAAAAGCAUAAAAAAAGCAAAGAUUUUUUAAAGUAUGUGUAGUAAAUUUUUUUUUUAUUAUUGCCCCCAAUAUUUUUUUUAGGGGGGGUUAGUAAGAUUUUUCAUUUUAAAAAGUUAGCACAUAUUCUAAAGGCCAGUACUUUGUAAACCGUGAUCAUACGUGAGACAUACCCAUGGUAUACAUGCUUAGGAAAGACCAGUAAAGGCACCCACUUUGAGUAUUGUUUAGUUUCAACGAACAAUAUCCAAAGUAGAUACGAUGAAGUUUGUAUUUUUAGUAAUGUGCUCAAGUUUUACUUGAAAUUACUUCUUUGGAUAUUGCUAAGUUUAACUAUUGUUCCUUUGGGGGCUGAACACCAGACCAGAAUGAAAAAGAAGGAAUAUAAUUAUUUGAAGACGCCAUGUCAGAUGAUUAGGCAGCGGAACUAGAUGAAUAUGUUAAACUGAGAUCGUACUACAAUUCACCCUAUAUAUAUUUCACGGUACACCUUUUAUUGAAAUUAUGUGUUUUCAGUUGACGUCAUAUGUUUUAACAUUGCAUGAAAUUGUUGAUGUUAUAAUCAUUGUAAACUGUUUUUAUGCCUUAUUGUGUUCCAGGUUUAUCAGAUUGUCCUUCUGUUCUAAGUUAUUUUUCUGAACCACUGUGUAGAUCUCUUGAAAUUAUUAUUAUCGUUUUUUUUUUGCUUUUAAUGUAAAUUUAAACCAAGCAAAAAAAAUAUCAUUUAAUUUGUGAAAUGUAAUGACAUGAAUAUUCUACUUUGUUUUUGUGUUGUAUCUGAGUCUAUAAGAUGAGAUGUAUAUAGUGAUAUGAAUAUAUAUAUUUUACAUGCCAAGGAGGUGGCCAAAAAAUAUUAUCUAAAUAGCAAAGGCUUGUUGUUGUUUUUUUUGUGUGUAUACAGUGCUGAAAAUGUACCGGAUAUGCGACUAUAUUUGUUGAGAAUAAUUGUUUAACAAAUACUGUACCAUGUUGAGAGAUGAUUUAAGCAACAAAAAAUAAACUAUUUCAAAUUGAAAUGUGA